AGCAUUUUACAUGUGUUUACCAAUAUCGAGAGUGCGUAAUAAUUUACUAUUUAAUAUUUGAAUUUUGAAACAUCAAAAUGGUUAUUGCAAAAAAAUAUAUUAUUGUAAAGUACUUUGAAGGAGAACCUAAAGCGAGUGACGUAAAAAUAGUAGAACAUAAAUUACCACCUAUUGAAGACGGAGAAUAUUUAGUAGAAGCAGAAUAUUUGUCAGUUGAUCCUUAUAUGAGAUAUUUUAGCAACAAACUUCCACUUAAUUCAACAAUGAUUGGAGCCCAAGUUGCUAAAAUAAUAGAAUCUAAAAAUAAAGAUUAUCCAGUUGGGAGUCGAGUUGUCGGUCGUAUUGGCUGGAGAACUCAUACUAUUAUUAAUUUAAAAAACUUUUCAGAAAAUAGUGUAUUUAAUUUAAAGCCUUAUAUUUUACCUGAUCUUGGAGAUCUGCCUACGUCUCUUGCUCUAGGUGUUCUAGGGCAUCCCGGGAAUACUGCAUACUUUGGAUUUACUGAAAUUUGUAAGCCAAAAACUGGAGAAACUUUAGUUGUCUCGAGUGCUGCUGGUGCAGUGGGUUCACAUGUCGGUCAAAUUGGUAAAAUUUUGGGUAUGAAAGUGAUAGGAAUUGCUGGCAGUGAUGAAAAAUGUAAAUGGAUUACUAAAGAUUUAGGAUUUGAUUACGCAAUCAAUUAUAAAACACAAAAUGUCAUGGAAGAAUUAAAAAAAGCUGCAUCUGAAGGCAUUGAUUGUUAUUUUGACAAUGUAGGCGGAGAAAUUUCUAGCACAGUUAUGCAUCCAAUGAAUCCUUGUGGCCGAGUUGCUGUCUGCGGUUCAAUAUCAGCUUACAAUGAAGACCCUGAUAGUUUACCUAAAUGCACUGAUUCGUUGACAAGUAUUUUAGAUAACCAGUUACAAGUAGAAGGUUUUAUAACAUUACGUUGGAUUGAUCGGUCACAAGAAGGCUUUGAAAAAAAUUUGAAAUGGGUUCAAGAAGGAAAACUGGUCUAUCGUGAAACAAUUACUGAAGGUUUUGAUAGAAUGUUUGAAGCGUUUGUUGAUAUGUUAAGAGGAAAGAAUUUAGGGAAAGCUAUUGUCAAAGUGUAAAUAGUUGCAGGGUAGAGGUACCAUUUUUUGGUCACACUAGGGCCAGUUUUGGACACCCCUUAUUAAAACAAACGAUUUAAAACGAUUAGAAAGAGAAAUUUCUCAAUCGAGAGUUACUGAGUCCAAACAGCUUUCCCCACUGAACCAAAGAGUCCAUUAUAAGCCUCCGUUAAAAUUGUCAAAAUUAUAAACUAAGAAUAGAAAAAAUAGACAAAUUAAUGAUGAAAAUUACUGUCUAUAUUUCGCGGAGAAUUGUAAUCAUGAAUUAUAUUUAGAGCUUCUGUUACAAUUAAAAAAUGUAAUUGAGCAUUAAGUUCAUCAAUAAAAUAAUUGUUUUAAUUUUUACUGUAAUUAAUACCGUUAUCAUUAUAAUUUUUUGUACUAUAAUUAUUAUUAGUGUAAAAAGAUAAGUAUUUACUUCAGCGCCAUAAGCACCAGGAAAAGAAACAGUCGCAUAUGUAACAAAAUGUUCAUAUGACGUUUAAAAUCAUACAAAAUAAAACAGGCUUAUAACGAGUAGUUGAGAACGAAAUUAAACGUAAAGUAGUGAGAAGACUGAAAUUCUAGGAUAAAUUUCCCCUGCAUACCCUAGACCAGGCUUAUGACAGGUAGUCGACUGUAAUUUUUUAAAUUUCUUUAAAGAUAUUUUUAUCACACUGAUACAAUGAAAUUUUUUUUUAAUACCUUUUCAUUAAUUAAAAAAAAGUAUCAAAUGUCCCAAAAUGGAGC